AUGACCUUUCAAAACUCUCAAGAGUCUUUCGACUCUACGGCUGAGCAGAAUGUAACUAGAAGCAUACAAAGGACAAAAUGCAUAGAUGCACAAAUUGGUUCUGAAGAUGAGCAAAUAUGCCCACCCAUCAUUCGUAAUAACUUAGAGAAUGGCAAAUUUCCAAUGACGUCGCCAGGUGUCAAACAAUCUGAUGAUCCAUCGAACCUCACAAGGGACGCAACUCUCGAUGAGGUCAAAACUCCACCGUUCGCCACAAACAGCAGAGCGUGUGAUAAAGAAGAGGAUGAGCCUCCUUACACCGCAUUUUCCCAUCGUCAAGUUAUACUAAUGUUUGUUAUCAUCGUUUAUAUUGGAUUUUUAGGCCCCCUCGCUGGAAAUAUCUAUAUUCCAGCUUUGCCCAUAUUGCAAAACGUGUUUGGAUUGUCGGCCACUGCCAUAAAUGCAACGGUGUCGGUAUUUAUGGCCGUCUUUGCAGUAGGGCCCUUAUUCUGGGCAAGUUUCGCGGACUUUGGUGGUCGAAAAUUACUUUACAUGAUCUCUUUACUGUUGACUGUGGUGGUCAAUAUCCUCCUGGCAUCGGUACCCGUUAAUGUUGGCGCAUUGUUUUUCUUGCGCACCAUGCAAGCCUUCGCAUCUAGUUCUGUCAUGGCUCUGGGGGCAGGCACUGUUAGUGACAUCAAUCCACCCAAAGGGAGAGGAAAAGCGAUCGCUUACUUCAUGCUGGGACCUAAUAUGGGUCCAAUCCUAGCACCCAUUAUCGCUGGUCUAAUCUUGAUGCAUGGUUCUCAGUGGAGAUGGUUAUUCGGCCUUACGUGUAUCUUGUCCGGAGUUGGUCUGAUUGCCGUGAUAGUUUUUUUACCGGAGACUCUACGUUGUAUCGUUGGGAAUGGCGAUUCUAGGUGGAGCCAGGAUAACGGGGAGACAUCGAAAACGCUGAUAAAAGGGUUCACAAAGGCCGGUUUUAGAAUCUGCAGCGACAUAGGUUUCUUGAAGCCUGUGAGUCCAUCGCCAAAAUUUCAGCAGUUGUAUCCAAGGCCACCGAAGCCGAGCUUGACUGUUUAUUGGGACCUCAUAUUAUUCCCUCCUGUUUUUCUAUGCUCAAUCACCACCGCUAUAUUGUUUGCGACAUAUUAUGCAUUCAGCGUGACACUUUCGCAUUUCCUGCGUGAGAUGUAUCAUUUGACUAAUUUGCAAAUUGGCGCAUGCUAUGUGUGCCCUGGUGUGGCUCUCCUCUUAGGUUCGGUAACCGGUGGCCACCUGUCCGAUUUCUUUCGCUCAGAAUGGAUACGCCGACACCCGGGACAAAAGUUCCCUAACGAGAAGCGACUACUACUACAGCUCUGGGGGUUACUUCUCAACAUCUGCGGGUGUAUCGGCUACGGCUGGAGCAUAUACUUCAAACACCAUUUGGCAGUCGUCCUAGUGUUCUCAUUUUUCACCGCUUUUGGGAUGACCUGGUUUUCUAACACUAGUAUGACUUAUCUGACUGAAUGUAUUCCAAAAAGAGCUGCAGGCACUGUAGCAGUGAGCAGCUUUUUCAGAAACUUGGCCGCUGGAAUAAGUUCUGUGGUAAUUAUGAAACUUUGUGACAAAAUGGGUGCAGGGUGGUGCUUUACAGGGUUGGCAUUUUGUGACCUUGCCUCGACGGCAGGGAUCGUCUACCUAAUCUCCAAUAGAUCGAAAUGGAGGCCAGAUGCGCAUUAG